AUGAAUCGGUCUACAUUUGACAUCCAGCCGGUCAACCGGUUCGUGGGCACCAAUGCCACCAUCCGCCGUCCGAAAGAAAUCACCUGUUUUUCAUACGAUGACCAGCGUCAAUUUCAUCUGGACGAGUCAUCAAUGCGCUAUUACUAUCCGCCACAACUACCUGCGGACUUGAAUCGUGGUUUCGGUACGUUCCAGAAACUGGAUGACUCCGCAGAUGAGCAUCUUGAUGCUCUGCUGAAAACUAUCGUGGCCAUGGAAAAAGAAACGGGGAAGAAGUGUGAAGCAGAUAUCAUCACAUGGAGAGGCAUGAUGACCAAGAUCUUGACUAUUCCAUUCGACAAUCUGAACGGCUUCGAGAUGAACGCAACUCGUUUCCAGGAUACCAUGUAUUAUCACAACCCAUGGCCUGUUAUCAAAUGGACAGGGCUAAUGAUCAUCAGAUUCAUCGAGGAAAACAAUUUCUACAAAAAUGAGCAAAAGAAGGUCCAACAAAAUCAGAGGAUGCCACCAGGGAUGGCGUCCCAGGACCUGAUGGCAUAUUGGGGUUACAAAUUUGAGAGCAUCUCGGUACUCCGACAACCCUGGGAUCCGACCCCUCGCCAUGAGAUUGAGAAUCGGGAUGAAGAGAUAGUCAAUAACAGCGCCCAAUACUGCUCCGUCGUACGUACCGGGAUAGGCAACGUGAGAAUGGUUAUUGGUGGAGAGGUCGAUGCCGUAUGGGACUGCAAACCCGAUAGAAAAGAGGACCAUAUCCGCUGGGUCGAAUUGAAGACAUCGGCGGAGAUCAGGAAUGAUCGCGAUAUGGUCAAAUAUGAACGAAAACUCCUGAAGUUCUGGGCGCAGUCAUUCUUACUCGGCGUCCCCAAGAUUGUCGUUGGAUUCCGCGACCAACAAGGCAUCGUACAUCGCAUGGAAGAAGUCGAUACUUACACCAUCCCGAGCAAGGUUAAGAAGGUCGGGAGAGGUACCUGGGACGGGAAUAUCUGUAUCAACUUCGCCGCUGCAUUCCUUGAAUGGCUGAAGACAACCAUCACACAAGAUGGGACAUGGAGGAUCCGCAAAGCUGAGAAGUCGCCGGUUAUUGAAGUUUUCAAAGUUGAAGAGAGCGGACAUGGGGAUAUUCUUUCUCCAGAAUUCACGGCUUGGAGAUCCAGAAUGGAGGACACUGAGACAAAAGAGCCUCACGAAGUUCCAGCUGAAUAG